GCGGGCGCAGCGCGAGCCCGGGCCCGGGGCGGAGGGAGGGAGGCAGAGAAGGAAGGGCGGGGGGCGCGCGCGGGGUGACGCCGCCGCCGCCGACACAAGGGGGACGCGGGCGGGCGGCGCGCGGGGCCCAGGGCGGCACCGGCGGCAGCGGCUCCGGGACGGCGGCGGCGGCCCCGGCUCCUCCUCGGCGGCCCCGGCGGCCGCUCCGUCCCUCGCCCCGGCGGCACCUCCCCAUUCCCCUCCCUCGGCCCGCCCGUGUCCGCCCCGCCGGAUGGCGGCGGCGGGCGCGGCGGCCGCCCCGGCGCUUUAUGCCUGCACCAAGUGCAACCAGCGGUACCCGUUCGAGGAGCUCUCGCAGGGCCAGCAGCUGUGCAAGGAGUGCCGCAUCGCCCACCCCAUCGUGAAGUGCACCUACUGCCGCUCCGAGUUCCAGCAGGAGAGCAAAACCAACACAAUAUGCAAGAAAUGUGCCCAAAACGUGAAGCAGUUCGGAACGCCCAAGCCUUGUCAGUAUUGUAACAUUAUUGCAGCAUUUAUUGGCACAAAAUGCCAGCGUUGCACCAACUCAGAGAAGAAGUAUGGCCCGCCCCAGACCUGUGAGCAGUGCAAACAGCAAUGUGCUUUUGAUCGAAAAGAGGAGGGAAGAAGGAAGGUUGAUGGAAAGUUGUUGUGUUGGCUCUGCACACUGUCCUACAAGAGAGUGCUACAGAAGACAAAAGAACAGAGGAAGAGCCUGGGAUCUUCACAUUCUAACUCUUCAUCCUCAUCUCUUACUGAGAAAGACCAGCAUCAUUCAAAACACCACCACCAUCACCACCAUCAUCAUCGUCACAGCAGCAGUCAUCAUAAAAUCAGCAAUCUGAGUCCAGAACAAGAUCAGGGACUAUGGAAACAGAGCCAUAAAUCCUCUGCAGCUAUUCAGAAUGAAACUCCAAAGAAAAAACCCAAACUGGAAUCCAAGCCAUCAAAUGGAGAUAGCUCUAUAAAUCAGUCUGCAGACAGUGGAGGAACUGACAACUUUGUCCUCAUAAGUCAGCUGAAAGAAGAAGUAAUGUCACUUAAACGUCUUCUGCAGCAAAGAGAUCAGACUAUUUUAGAGAAAGAUAAAAAGUUGACAGAAUUGAAGGCAGACUUCCAGUACCAAGAGUCCAACUUGAGGACAAAGAUGAACAGUAUGGAGAAAGCUCACAAGGAAACUGUGGAACAGUUGCAGGCCAAAAACAGAGAACUGCUCAAACAGGUUGCAGCAUUGUCAAAGGGUAAAAAGUUUGAUAAAAGUGGGAAUAUCCUCACAUCUCCUUGAGGAACUCGUUCUUUGUGGGGUUUGCUACUCAAUGUACAUUUGAGUAAUUCUGUGAAGCCCUUAAAAUCCUGUGUAGUGGAAAAAAUAUUUUUGCACACCAGAUUAGUUGGCAUGUUUCCUACAUGUUUUUAUAAUUAAUAUGCAGCAUUUUUUAGUUACUGUUCAGAUGAAAUACUUCAACUGGCUUGAAGAAUGUUUUUAUUUUUUUGAAAAUAUUGGAAACCUUUUGCCAGCAAUAGUAUUAAACAAUUGCAUAGAGAACAUAGCAGUGCUCUCUCUGAAAGGACAACAUGCAAUAACAAACUAGGUGUACUUUUUACAAAGUAGCAACUGAGUCUUUUAAACUACAAUGAUGUCAGCCAAAAGUUCAUGAAUCUGCAGUGACGCUGAACACUGAUUUCUGGCAACUGUUCUUUUACUUUGUAUGAAAAUAUAAAUUUGGAAUGGAAAUCAUGGUGCUCUCAAGUGGAACUAAAAAGAGGCAUAUAUGUAUGUGUAAAUACGACUGUAACGGUUAUAUUCUUAGUUAUAACAAGUAAUUAGUGUUUUACAUUCUUGUGAUAGAGACUGACUGAAAGAUUAUCUAUUGUACAGUAACAGAGGCAGUGUGGUUUUUGUAAGAUUUACUGUAGACUUUUCUUGCAAGUGCCUUUCUCCAACUGUUUAUUUAUAGGAAUGUUGGUAUUUUGUACAUACGGUUUUUAUGUUUUAAAAAUCAUGUUUAAUAAAUGUUUUAUGUAAAUAUAAAUGUGUGUACAGAGGAAUCUGAAACAAAGAUCAAAGUGGCUAGUGCAGUGCUCGAGGCAGCAUUAAGAUCUGGCUAGCUGAUUGAUGGACAGUGAGUAUUGGCUUUAGAUAACCUUUGUAGCUUGUGUCUGUGAGGUGUAGAAUUUUAUUAGUGCUGCUUAUGCCAAAUACUUCCUGAACAAAAAACAAUUUUUUUUUUGCCACACUGGAGUUUCAUGGUUUGUUUAUACAUUUUUCCCAUUUGGCACAGCACUAAUUUUAAUUCCAUAGCAGACAUUGUUCUCCAAUAUUACAUCCUUAGCUAGUGAUACACACUCGAAGUUUUAAAUGCAUUUAUUCCCCAUUGUCUGAAUUAACGUACUUGGUUGUAACUCAUGGUGAUUCUUCUUAAUGAACUGCAAGAUUCACAUCCCCCACUGAAGAUGCACACUGAGAAAAGAGUAGCCAAAACUAAUGGUCUUAAAAUUAAUUAAGGGAAUGGAUGUGGUGUCAUAGGGUGGGUUUUAAUGUUUUGGGUGGAUUUUCAUUCUAAAUUGCAUCAGUUUAAGGUUAGCUCUGCUCCUAAUGGACGUGAGUCAUAUUCAGAAAUUUCUAUUAAACAAUAAUUUAGUAUACCCCAAGGUAUAUGUUCAGGCAGGUAAGUUAUGAAUCAACAUAAAAAGAAGUAGACAUACAUGGGUGAAGGUUUAAGUCAGCUCUGGAUACUGACUGGUAACAGGGUAGCUGUUGAUAUUUCAGCAAGCCAAAUUGUGUAGAAGCAGCUACACAUUUUUAAUUGAAGGACAAAAAUCUAUACGCCCUUGGCUGUUCACCCAGGUACUGAACUAUGAACACUUUCUCAAUAGUUCAAAUGCAUUCCAGCAUUGACAGACUACUGAAAAAUAUGAAAAACUUGAGCUAUGUUGUUUCAUAUAGUAUGUGUGUAAUAUUUUUACACCCUAAAAUCGACUUUGUAAGUUUAUGAAAGCUCCUCUUUAAACAUAUUAAACUAGGGUAGAGAAUGCUACUAUCUUUGGGGUUGUUAUUAAUUUUUUUAGUAUAAAAAUUUAUGACUUUUUAAAAUUCAGAAUUAAUAUUUGGGUAAUUUUUUUUCAUUUUGAUGGUGACCCAUACUCAGUGAAAUGAGUUUUAAAAUACAGAAAUGCAUAUUUCAUUUCAAAAUGAAAUGUUUGAAUUAAGAACACUUAAUUAUAUCAAUUCAAGCUGCAGUGAGAACAUUUUAAAGAAACAAGCAAAAGUUUUGUAUUAGAAGUAAUUGACUUCAUAAAUCCCAGUCAGGAGAAUUUUGGAGUUUUCAGAGUGUUUAGUUCUAAUUACAUACCUGUGGGUUUUCUUACAUAAUCUCAUUUUUAACAUUAAUUUUUUUAAAGUUCUUAACUAGCCAACUGAAUCCCAGUCCUGAGAAUCAUGUUCUGGAGCUGUAGAUUAUUGACAUAAUAAACUGAUGUUCUUUAAACGUGGAUCUGCAAGGAGAUUGUUGUACUAUAUUGUGCUUCUUAGCCUGUUUCCAGAUGUUGAUUAGCAUUGACCAGUAAUGGCCAUUUUGGCUCAAGUUAUUUAUGUAUUUUAAGCCUGUGAAUAUUGUGGCCCCCUUUUAGAUAGUUUGUCCAAAUUCACGUUCUGCAGUGAAGCUGUUCAGCUGUCCACAUGUAUAGAUAAUUGAAAUCCUGUACUGGCACACAUCUGACCGUUGACAUUUUGUACCUUUUCUAAAUCCAAUGUUUCACAAUAAAAUAUUGUCAAAACA